GUGCUACAACUGGAACCGGAGGUCGUUUAAGAGACGUCCAAGGUGUCGGUCGAGGAGGUUACUAUAUCGCCGGAACUGCUGGAUAUUCUGUUGGAAAUUUACAUAUUCCAGAUUAUGAACUACCAUGGGAAGAAAAAAAUAUUUAUCCCGCCAACAUGGCCUCGCCUCUAGAAAUUAUCGUCGAGGCCAGCAAUGGGGCUUCAGAUUACGGAAACAAAUUUGGAGAACCAGUGAUUUCGGGCUUUGCAAGAUCCUUUGGAAUGAAAAACGCCGGUGGCGAGAGACGUGAAUGGAUCAAACCAAUCAUGUUCAGUGGUGGAAUGGGAAGCAUGGAUGCAAACAUGACAAAAAAAAUGACACCAGAAAAAGAGCACGUUAGGAAUCAUCCAUAA